AUGGCGGCUCAGCACAGCGCAGUGACCUCAUGCCCUAGCAGCGCAGCACAGCUUCCCCACAGCGGCUGCCCGUCGGCAUCUGAUCAACUCCAACGAUGGGCUCAGUUCGAGUGCUUAGUUCCCCCCUCACCAGGUCGACUGUGCUUGGGAAUCGCUCCAGCGUCGUGGGCUGCUCGGGUUUGCCUCAUUGCCGCCAUCGCCAUCAUCCGUGACCAUCGCCCAUCGCCAUUGGCGCAACAAGCUGCGCUUCACGCCGCGGCAAAGCUCCACGACAACUCAACAGGCGGCGGAACCGGCACCGGCUCUUGCAUCGGCAGUCGUGCAUCUGAAUCAUCGCCAGAGACGCCUUGGUUGGCCCAAUCCCAUUCCAAUCUCGACUCUGGCAUCUCCAUCUGGCCCUCUCACCUCGUGGUUCCGAAUUCACCUCAGUUCAGCCCGGAUCAGCUCCGCCCCCCUUCUCGCUACGCUCCUGAAACUAAACUCGGUUUCGUUUUCUUUCGAAUAGCCGGCCGACCUCGCCUCUCCGAUCCCACUCCCUACUACGUCUACUACGUCCUUCACCACGCCCGACUCAUCGUUCCAAUUGUCGUGCGACGACAAACAUCCCGGACGCUGCGUUCGAGGCUCUUGAUGGACAAGAGGCUGCUGGCUGCUGGCCGUGCUGCGAUCCGCGCUCCAGACUCUGGCCUCAUACGAGACCGCUGUCUGAACGCGCUGUGA